UCUAAAGCGGGCUGGGGCUCGUUGGGGGGGCGCCGAGUUUGACUAGUUUGGGGUCCGCUCGGGGCCGGGCGCUUCUAUCGCCGCCCGCCGGGCCCUGCGAGCGGCGCCUCGGGCGGACCGAGUGCGUCCCGCCCACUCCGCUGGCGGUUGGGCGGCGCUCAGCGAAAGUUGGCUCCUCGCGGGCGGGGCGGCGGGCGAGCGGCCGCAGCCAUGGAGCCCCGCAGCAUGGAGUACUUUAGCGCCCAGGUGCUGCAGAAGGACGUCGGCGGCCGGCUGCAGGUCGGCCAGGAGCUUCUGCUGUACCUCGGCGCCCCCGGCGCCAUCCCAGACCUGGAGGAAGACCAGAGCCGUCUAGGCAAGACUGUGGACGCGCUCACCGGCUGGGUGGGCUCGAGCAACUACCGGGUAUCAUUAAUGGGACUGGAAAUUUUAAGUGCCUUUGUGGACAGAUUAUCAACACGAUUUAAAUCAUAUGUGUCAAUGGUUAUUGUAGCUUUAAUAGACAGAAUGGGAGAUGCCAAAGACAAAGUCCGAGAUGAAGCUCAGACUCUGAUACUGAAGUUAAUGGAUCAAGUAGCACCACCUAUGUACAUUUGGGAACAGUUGGCUUCUGGUUUUAAGCACAAGAAUUUUCGAUCGCGAGAAGGCGUGUGUCUGUGUCUUAUUGAAACCUUAAACAUUUUUGGGGCUCAACCCUUAGUCUUCAGCAAGUUGGUACCACACUUGUGCAUCUUAUUUGGAGAUUCCAACAGCCAGGUGAGAGAUGCUGCAAUAUUGGCUAUUGUAGAGAUUUACAGACAUGUGGGAGAGAAAGUGAGGAUUGAUCUUUAUAAGAGAGGAAUUUCCCCUGCUAGAUUAGAAAUGAUAUUUGCCAAAUUUGAUGAAGUGCAAAAUUCAGGCGGUAUGAUUUUGAGUGUCUGCAAAGAUAAAAGCUUUGAUGAUGAGGAAUCAGUGGAUGGAAAUAGGCCAUCAUCAGCUGCUUCAGCCUUCAAGGUGCCUGCACCUAAGACGUCCGGAAAUCCUGUCAACAGUGCAAGGAAGCCUGGUUCAGCAGGUGGCCCUAAGGUUGGAGCAGGUGCUUCUAAAGAAGGAGGUGCUGGAGCAGUUGAUGAAGAUGAUUUUAUAAAAGCUUUUACAGAUGUCCCUUCUAUUCAGAUCUAUUCUAGUCGAGAACUUGAAGAAACCUUAAAUAAAAUCAGGGAAAUUUUGUCAGAUGACAAACAUGACUGGGAUCAGCGUGCCAAUGCACUUAAGAAAAUUCGAUCACUGCUCGUUGCUGGAGCUGCACAGUAUGAUUGCUUUUUCCAACAUUUACGCUUGUUGGAUGGAGCACUUAAACUAUCAGCUAAGGAUCUUAGAUCCCAAGUGGUUCGAGAAGCUUGCAUUACUGUAGCCCAUCUUUCAACAGUUUUGGGAAACAAGUUUGACCAUGGCGCUGAAGCUAUUGUACCUACACUUUUUAACCUUGUCCCCAAUAGUGCAAAAGUCAUGGCAACUUCUGGAUGUGCAGCAAUCAGAUUCAUCAUUCGGCAUACCCAUGUACCCAGACUUAUCCCUUUAAUAACAAGCAAUUGCACAUCAAAAUCAGUUCCUGUGAGGAGACGUUCAUUUGAAUUUUUAGAUUUGUUAUUACAAGAAUGGCAGACACAUUCUUUGGAAAGACAUGCAGCUGUCUUGGUUGAAACUAUUAAGAAGGGAAUUCAUGAUGCUGAUGCUGAGGCCAGAGUGGAGGCAAGAAAGACAUAUAUGGGUCUUAGAAACCACUUCCCAGGGGAAGCUGAAACGUUAUAUAAUUCCCUUGAGCCGUCCUAUCAAAAAAGUCUUCAAACUUACUUAAAGAGUUCUGGCAGUGUAGCAUCUCUUCCACAAUCAGACAGAUCUUCGUCUAGCUCACAAGAAAGUCUCAAUCGCCCUUUUUCUUCCAAAUGGUCUACGGCAAAUCCAUCAGCUGUGGCUGGAAGAGUAUCAGCGAGCAGCAACAAAGCCAGUUCACUUCCAGGAAGCCUGCAGCGUUCACGAAGUGACAUUGAUGUGAAUGCUGCUGCUGGUGCCAAGGCGCAUCAUGCAGCCGGACAGUCAGUGCGAAGUGGGCGGCUGGGUGCAGGGGCCCUGAAUCCAGGUUCCUAUGCAUCGCUUGAGGAUACUUCUGACAAGAUGGAUGGCACAGCCUCUGAAGAUGGCCGGGUGAGAGCAAAGCUUUCAGCACCACUUACUGGCAUGGGAAAUGCGAAGACAGAUUCUAGAGGAAGAAGUCGAACAAAAAUGGUGUCUCAGUCACAGCGUUCAUCAUCACCUGACAAAAAUGAAGCCGGCAGCCGGUCUGGGUCUCCAGGAAGAGUUCUCACCACAACAGCCCUCUCUACUGUGAGCUCUGGGGUUCAAAGAGUCCUGGUCAAUUCAGCCUCAGCACAAAAAAGGAGCAAGAUACCACGGAGCCAAGGCUGUAGCAGAGAAGCUAGUCCAUCUAGGCUUUCAGUGGCCCGCAGCAGUCGCAUUCCUCGACCAAGUGUGAGUCAAGGGUGCAGCCGGGAAGCCAGUCGGGAGAGCAGCAGGGACACGAGUCCUGUCCGUUCUUUUCAGCCCCUUGCCUCCAGACACCAUUCCCGGUCUACUGGUGCCCUCUACGCCCCCGAUGUGUAUGGGGCCUCAGGUCCAGGGUAUGGAAUUAGCCAGUCAAGCCGACUGUCAUCAUCUGUCAGUGCCAUGCGAGUCCUGAACACAGGUUCUGACGUGGAGGAAGCAGUUGCAGAUGCCUUGCUCUUAGGAGACAUACGGACUAAGAAAAAACCUGCUCGAAGAAGAUAUGACUAUGGAGUACACUCAGAUGAUGAUGCUAACAGCGAUGCUUCCAGUGCUUGUUCAGAGCGCUCCUAUAGUUCUCGGAAUGGUAGCAUUCCUACAUACAUGAGGCAGACAGAAGAUGUGGCAGAAGUGCUCAACAGAUGUGCUAGUUCCAAUUGGUCAGAAAGGAAGGAGGGGCUCCUGGGUCUGCAGACCUUGUUAAAAAAUCAGAGAACAUUAAGUCGAGUUGAACUGAAAAGAUUAUGUGAAAUUUUCACAAGAAUGUUUGCUGAUCCUCAUGGGAAGAGAGUAUUCAGCAUGUUUUUGGAGACUCUAGUAGAUUUCAUACAAGUUCACAAAGAUGAUCUUCAAGAUUGGUUGUUUGUGCUGCUGACACAACUACUAAAAAAAAUGGGUGCUGAUUUGCUUGGGUCUGUCCAGGCAAAAGUUCAGAAAGCCCUUGAUAUUACAAGAGAAUCUUUUCCAAAUGAUCUUCAGUUUAAUAUUCUAAUGAGAUUUACAGUUGAUCAGACCCAAACACCAAGCCUGAAGACAGUCAAGCCAGCACUUCGGGACCAGCUUCACUCUUUUUGGAGCUCCAAGGUGAAGGUUGCUAUCCUUAAAUACAUAGAAACUCUGGCCAAACAGAUGGAUCCAGGAGAUUUUAUAAAUUCCAGUGAAACUCGCCUGGCAGUGUCUCGGGUCAUCACUUGGACAACAGAACCCAAAAGUUCUGAUGUUCGGAAGGCAGCACAGUCAGUGCUGAUUUCUUUAUUUGAACUCAAUACCCCAGAGUUUACAAUGCUAUUAGGAGCUUUACCAAAAACUUUUCAAGAUGGUGCUACCAAACUGCUUCAUAAUCACCUUAGAAACACUGGCAAUGGAACCCAGAGUUCUAUGGGGAGUCCUUUGACAAGACCAACACCACGAUCACCAGCCAACUGGUCCAGUCCUCUUACUUCUCCUACCAAUACAUCACAGAAUACUUUAUCUCCAAGUGCAUUUGAUUAUGACACAGAAAAUAUGAACUCUGAAGAUAUUUAUAGCUCUCUAAGAGGUGUCACUGAAGCAAUCCAAAAUUUCAGCUUCCGUAGUCAAGAAGAUAUGAAUGAGCCAUUGAAAAAGGACUCUAAAAAAGAUGAUGGUGAUUCAAUAUGUGGUGGUCCUGGGAUGUCAGACCCAAGAGCAGGAGGUGAUGCUACUGACUCAAGCCAAACGGUCCUUGAUAAUAAAGCUGCAUUGCUCCAUUCGAUGCCUGCUCACUCCUCUCCACGCUCUCGAGACUAUAAUCCAUACAACUAUUCAGAUUCCAUCAGUCCUUUCAACAAAUCAGCCCUCAAGGAAGCCAUGUUUGAUGAUGAUGCUGACCAGUUUCCUGAUGACCUUUCCCUGGACCAUUCUGACCUAGUUGCAGAGUUAUUGAAAGAGCUGUCUAACCAUAAUGAACGUGUAGAAGAAAGAAAAAUUGCUCUCUAUGAACUCAUGAAACUAACGCAGGAAGAAUCAUUUAGUGUUUGGGAUGAGCACUUCAAAACAAUUCUGCUUUUAUUGCUUGAAACCCUGGGAGAUAAAGAGCCUACAAUCAGGGCCUUGGCAUUGAAGGUUUUAAGAGAAAUCCUAAGGCAUCAGCCAGCAAGAUUUAAAAACUAUGCAGAACUUACAGUCAUGAAAACAUUGGAAGCACAUAAAGAUCCUCACAAGGAGGUGGUGAGAUCGGCUGAGGAAGCUGCGUCAGUGUUGGCCACCUCAAUUAGUGCAGAGCAGUGCAUCAAAGUGCUUUGUCCUAUCAUCCAAACUGCAGAUUACCCAAUUAACCUGGCUGCCAUCAAAAUGCAAACAAAAGUGAUAGAGAGAGUGUCCAAGGAAACACUUAACCUGCUUUUGCCAGAGAUUAUGCCUGGCCUAAUACAGGGUUAUGAUAACUCAGAGAGCAGUGUUCGGAAAGCUUGUGUCUUCUGCCUUGUAGCUGUUCAUACGGUCAUUGGUGAUGAACUAAAACCGCAUCUCAGUCAACUCACUGGCAGUAAAAUGAAGCUACUGAAUCUUUACAUCAAACGUGCACAAACAGGUUCUGGAGGAUCUGAUCCCACUACUGACGUUUCUGGACAAAGUUAGUGAGCUCAUUGAAGUGAAUUAGGUCUCUCAAAGAAAGGACAGACAGACCACCCUCAUCAAUGAAAAGAAAUUCUCAAAUACAUUUUUUGGAACUUAAUCAUUGUUUCCCAGUUUUGGCUUUUUGUUUUAUUUCCAUUUUGUAUUUUCUGUAAUAGAGGGCUAUCCUCAGCCUGCAUGUAACUUUUAUGAUAGUUAUUCCAAAUUCAAGAAGCAGUAUUAAUAUUAAUUGGUUGAUACAAAGUAAUUUUUUAAUUAAUUCAUCAUUUCACAUGUUUGUACUUUGUCUUCCCAUUAACCUUUGCCAGUGUUAUGAUUGUACAAAUUUGUUUAAAUGCUGGUUAAACAGGAAUGCUUACAGCUUUAAAAGUUUUAACAGUCUAAAACAUUUUUUGCCUCUAUUCAACUGCAGAAUAAUAUUUUUAUUGCUACUUUGAGUUUUGUUCUGUAUCAUGUCCUAUGCUAGAAAUAUUGAAAAUGAUGUGAAACAAAGCAGGACUAAUUUUAACUUCAGCCAGACUCUGUUAAUGUGAUGGUAAUACAUGUCAUUAGUUGCAACUUCUUUGAGGUGAUCAGUAGUUUGAAAACUUAAGACCUCAAAGAGAAAUGUCACGGCAUUAGCCAGUUCUACAAAACUGAUAUUGUUUGUUGGUUAUGAUCUUGCCAUCUUUAUUUAAAACCGUGUCCCCUCUAUGGCCCCUUAAGAAAGCUGCACCAAAUCAUCUGCCUGUUUUUUUCUUGACACUAUUAAAAAAAGAAGGUUUUGUUGUGGGGUCUUUUGGUUUAUGUUUGUUGUGAAUGAUGCUUUUUUGUAUUUAUUAAUACCAAAUUCACUUAUGAAUAAACUUGAUAAUGGAAACAGACAAAAAAAUCAAGUGCAUGUGUGUCCUUGACUGUCUUCUGUUUCUUAAUUUAAUAACUAAUUAUGAGACAUAGGCACCAACCAGCACCUUUUCUUUAAAUGGUGAGGCCUGGUUUCCUUUGACCAUGAAAUUGUCUUACUUGAAACAUUGAUCCUGAUGAGAGAGAAGAUGGUGCCACGGCUUUCUUGUAUAAUAGGCUCCAAUUCUCUACCUCUUCAGGGCCAAUACUUUUAACUGAGCUGCUGCCUGUAGUGUCUUUUGGAAAACAACUUAAAGGGUGACUUUUUUGUUACUUCUGAACAAAUUUUUGUAAUCACCUUUUGCUAAACUUGUUCUUUUCACAUGCAGCCAAGCUCUACAAUUACCAGUUUGGGUGAAAGGCCAAAUUAGAUAAUUUGGAACAAGGGUACUAAUGAUUUCUCAUCUUAACUUUUUUUUUAAAUCCUAACAUAAAGUUCCUAACAUAAAGUGAAUUUGACUGGAAAGGCAAAUGGCUAUUAAUGAAGCAAUUUGCUGUUGUUACAGAAUUAUCUGUACUUUAUUUGUUAAAUUGAAAAGAUGUAGAAAUGUAUGUAAAGAAUUUGAGACGAGUAAUGAAUGGAUGAUUUGUCAUAGGCUUUCUCCUUUGUUUCUGUUCUAGCAGCAAGAAAAUAGUUUAUAUCCUCUCCCCCUUACCUGUAAUAAUUUUAUUUUUUACUGUUAGUUACAUUGUGUAUUUAUAGUUCUAUGCUUACUGUUGUGCAUAUACUGGCAAUAAAACUGUACAUAAUAUUAAUUGAAAAAGUUAA